GUGAAAGAUGAGGUCUGAUUCGAAGCCAAGCCCAUGUAAGUUUUUACCACGUCGUGUUAUUGAAAGGAAGCAAUAGAAAGUAAGCAGAGGAUCACUUGUUCUCCAUUUAUUUUACCCAGGCUACUUACUAGUACUAUAUCACCUCGAAAAAUAUCAUGUUGGCUCUGAACAGCGACAGUGUGGCGGACGUGUUCAAGAUGCGGCUGGGCGGCGGCGCAGGAAAGGGAACCAGCCGCGAGAUUUUGGAGUCCAACCAGCUGCCCCCGCUGCUGCGGUCCACGCGGACAAAGGUCCAUUCCUAUUACGUGUUCCGCCUGAACGCGGCCCAGGCCCCGGAGCUCCUGCUCAACCGCAGCGGGGAGGCCUGCUUAGAGUGGCGCACGAAGGUGGAAGAAGCGGGCGAGAUGAAUAAUAGCGCGGAGCUCUUGGACGACGAGGAUGUUGACCUUUUCCCAAGCGACGAGGACGUGCUGGGGAAUAAAAUUGGUACAAAUAAACCAUCGAAAAACAAAAAUCCGGCCUCGACCUCCUCCAGCAGCAAACCUACUAGCAGGAACAACACGACGAUGAACACCAACACGCACGACCUGCAGCAGCUCGCCAAGGAGCAGCGGCCGGCGCUCUUUCUGCACACGCAGUUUCCCCACGAGGGGGAGUAUUUGGAGAACCUGUCCGAAAAGUUGCAGGCCGAAAUUGCCGAGGGCGAGCAGCUGAGUGGUGAGACGAAGAUCCACGAAAAGGCGGAGAAGAUCGUGAAAAAGCUGGAGGAAAAGUCGCGGAAGGCGGGCGAGGUGGUGAAAAACGAACUGCAGUUCACCGCCGCGGUGCGAAAUAAUAGUUCUGCUACUGGCAGUACAUCCUCUACAAGCGGGCAGGGUGAAGCAGCUGCGAAGAGAAAUUGUUCGGGGAACAACAAAAAUCUGGAAGCGAACAGCUACGUCCUAUUGCUUCCCGCCGUCCCGGACGGCAGUAGCGAGCGCGCGAACCUUCUUACGCAUUGUGCAAACACGUAGAUCUCGUCUGGGUAGUUCACGUGUGGAAAAAUAAACCAGCUGUGAUCAUGAUGAACAAUGUUGCUCUCGAUUGCAACGCUUCCUUGCAUCAAGGGCAGCCGAGGAUCACAAGUUUAUUCUGGAAUUAUUUGCAUAUUUAUUGAAAGCUGGAGGUCCAGCGCGACUUCGCUGCUCAUGCAAUACAGAUUAUUUCUAGGCAGCAGGCAAGACAUGACCGAUUUAGUGCCUACCUCCAUUUCCACUCUUAUUGUUUCAGACCCGCCAGGUCCAUGUUUGCAAUGCAUAGUUCUUUGCCCGACGCAAAUUCAGGGGGUGGUUGACUUUGCGCAGAAGGGACUCUGUCCCUCGCACAACUGGGGAGCGGUCGCCGGCGGGGAGAUGCGCGAGAAUCUGCGCGUCUUCGGCGACAGUGGCGCGGUUCUGAACGCGAAGACGAAGCCGGCCGCGCUGGAAUACUACGAUAGGUUAUUUGAUGAUGAAAACACGGACUCGGCCGCAGGAGCCGCAGCGGGCGGCGAGGGUAAUAGCAGCUCGUCUGGUGCAGUUUUGAACAAGAAAAAAUCCUUCAAGACGACCCCCUGUAGUUCGACAACCGGAGCCGCGCCUUCCUUUUUCCCCGAUCAGAUUGCCGCCCACAAAGCGGAGAGAAAGAAAUUUGAAAACCGGAAGAUUCCGAUCUACGUGCUCCCUGCGGGCAUGUCCAGGGAGAACGUGCUUCCCUUGGCGCAGAUGCAGUGCCCGCUGGAGGUAAACACCGCGGAUUUCGCGCACAACACCCGGUUUCAGCGGAUGCUGCAGGGCACGCAAGAUCUGAAGUUGGUCGGCAAAUGGGUGGACAAUGACGCGGAGGAUGGCAGCUCUCCUUUUGAGGACAGUCCCAACGGGAGAAAGAAGAUUGUCUACACGUCCGCGGUAAACAAGAACACGCUGCCAGUAUCGAAGGCCGAAAAUUUAAAAUCUUUCUCCGAUAAGGUGCAGAAUCUGCGGGAAAUGCGAAAACUCCCGAAACGGCCCACCAAUAACGUCUCGGACUGCGACUCCAAAUUGACCGAGAGCCACGCUAGCCGGCUCUUCGUCGGCGCUCUGGUCGAACUGCCCACGAGUAAGCUGGACUGGGGCAUUUUCGAUUCGGAAACCGAGGAUAGGUACAUGAACGACCUGGAGGCAAGAAACAAGAAAGGAGCUGCGGCGGAGUCCUCCGCCCAAGUAGACGGAGGAGCAGGCCCGAGCGCGAAGAAGCGCAAGAAAGAUAAAGACCAGCAAAAGACGUUGAACACCAGUACGGCGGUUGAAGUUCCCGCUCCGGAAGUAGACCGGUGCGGGACGAAGAUCGAAAUGACGACGGCACUAUGCAUUGCAAAUAUCAUGUCUGGGUCUGGAAAUCUGUACAUGCAAAAUCUGUAUUUAUUUAAGGCAUGAAUACGACUGAGUGUGAGGGCGAGUGUUUUCGUCACAUGCAUGCUGUAAAAGAACUCAUAAUUAUAUUUGUCUCAUGCAAACAAGCACGGUCCUCGAACCCGAUGAAACUGCAAGAAUAUUACCAGCCGAAAAAUAUGAUUUGUGAUCCGUUCAUAUGACCGUGUGUGUGCAAAGCGUCACUCUGUCAACAACAUGCAAGAAACUACAGCAACACAAAUUGUUUAUCGCUACAGAAUUUUUUCUUCCGACCCAGAUUGAUAUUUGCAAUUGCAUACCCUCUGUUUCUCUUCCCGACCGAAGCCCACAACGUGCGGGCCACCAUCAAGGACCACAAGGGGAAGGAUUACGAGGAGAACAUGCUGGAAUACGCCACGAAUUUGAAGGAUUUGACCGCCGAGGACCGGCUGGACCGCAUGAACGAGUUCCACGGCAUGUUUGCGGCGGCCAAACGUUUAAGGAAGCUGAAGAGUACAUUGAUUUUAUAUUUCUAGCUUUUGGUCUUGCUCUUGCCUAUCUCUAUCACGUCUGCCACGACCUGCUCGCUGUGGUUUAGUUUUGUCUUGGAUCUGGUAUAUUACAUAUGCCGUAGAGAAGAAAAAUUCUGUGUUUAUUUUUUGAUGUUGGCGAGCCGCUCCUGCGUUUUCGUACUCAGUGUGUAGUUAGUUAUUUUUGUAAUUACCGAUCCACCACACGACAGAUGCCAAGGGCAAAGAAGUCUCCGACGCCCGGAUGGAGGGCGACAUCGAGGAAAUGACGAAGCACUUGGAAAAGGUCGCCAAGCGGGAGGAGCAGCAACUGGGCACGAAGGUGGAAGACAAAAACCCCUUCGUGCACAACGUAAAGAAAUACCUGCUAUGCAUCAUUGCGAAAGUAUCGUACUCGUUUGAUAAUAAAUUUUUGCAGUUCUUCAUCUGCAUGAAAAACCGGGUUUCUUUCUUUAGGGGAUUCACCAUGACCCCCUCUUGCUGAGCAUUAUGCAAAAAUUUUUUGUUUUACUAAGUACAAUACUUUUGCAAUGCAUACCUGCCCGAGUGGGACAACAGCUGCGAGAAGCGCCACGACGUCUUCAAAAAGGGACUGGAAAAGGUAUAUGAAACUGCGUCUCAAGCAGGACCGCUUCUCCCACAGCAAAAAGCUCUUUCUGGUCGUAGUAGUAGAACAUCAAAUUAUGGGCAACUAUAAUUUUUUUGAUCCUCAUGCUGCAAAAUCACUGUUCCUGGUGCUUGUCCCCACCUCCAGCAUUAGCAUCACACCGCUUUAUUUUUACCACCCUCCUCGUAUGUUCUGACACGGCGAGGGUCGUUAGGCGUCGCUGCCGAUGCUGUCGGGCAGACGUCCACGGCGCUUGUAGAGGUAUGGUACGCUAGUAGCGAAGCUCCGGCAUAAAAAGUACCUGCGUCACAGGUUCUUAUGCGCAUAUUUGGUAUUUCCAGAGCCAAAUCGAUGUUGAUAAAAUAAAUGCAUUGAUUUUACCAAAACUUAAACACUACUGCCACCCAUUCCCGCAGGUCUUCCCGCUGAAGCUGCUCCGUGCGCGCAUCAAGCUGUAUUAACAGGAAAAAUCCCCCCUCCCCAUAUUGAAAAGGUAUAUUGCCGAAAAUUUGUGUUGCUGAUUUGAGGUCACAAAUCGUCUCUGUGUUGCAUGAAGGCAACUCCACAAGCUCCGCCGCAUUCUACAGGCGGUUUGUCAUGCUGUUUUAGCUACAGCGUAGACGUCUGCCAUGCUAAGCGCCUAGGCCAAAACCUGCCUACUCAGGCUUCAUAUGGGCCUGUAGUCCUCGCCAGCAAGACAAAUCUAAUUUGUGCACGCAAAUCCAGCAUCUGAAACUUCGUUUUGAUAUGGGGUGGGGGGAUUUUUCCUUUUGAUAAGCUGGAGAAGAAGAACACGCUGGUCCGGUGCCUCACCCAGCGACUCGACGACAGCAAGCUGCGGGACGCCUGCGGGUCGCACGCGUAUCAAAUGCAAAUAUGUCUGGGUCUGGAACAGUGCAGAUUUUUGUCAUGCUGUUUUUGCAUGACACAGAAGGUCUGUCAUGGAAGCCCUAGCAUCACAGAUUUCGAGAAUCUUUCGCAUUGCCUAAUUCGCAUGACAAAUCCCCCAUUUUGGUGACAGGAGACGCGCCUCCCUUGCUGCCUCUGCAUGAGAGAUUUAUGUGUGUUGUGAAAUGCGCAUCACAAGUUCGCAUCCUUCCAGACCCAGACAUAUUUGCCAUGCAUAACGCAGCCUACGAGAUGAUCUCCGCGCGGCGGCACCACGAAAAGUACCAGGUAAAAACCGAGGAGGACGCCGCGAAUGUGGCCUGCAUGGGCGCGCUGAUCCGGAUCCUCGUCGCCAUGUACACGGACAAGCAGUUCUCGUUCGCGGGAUCGAAACGGGAGUGCAAGAUGAAAUUCAAAAUCUUUGACGAGGCCUACACCAGUUCUACGGCAUAUGCGAGAAAGCAGAAACUGCUAAAGGAGAAACGGCUGAAUGAGGAACUGCAGGAAAAGCUGGAAGGGGAGCUGAAUGGGAAAACCAAGAUGCUCAAGCUAAUAUGAAUUGCAAAAGUAUCGUACUAGUAGUAAUUGCAAUACAAAUUCGCUCAGCAUGACAAAUGGAAUUUGUCAUGCUGAUUUAUUGCCUUGGGAGCCAGAUUUGUAAUGCAUGACUGCAAUUACUACGAGUGCGAUACUUUUGCACAGGAUAGCUAAAUGACGACAACAACAUCGUGAGCGACGAGGAAGAUAAUUCGGAGGCCGGGAUGAACAGCAGCGACGAGGGCGACUCGGCGGGGAAAAUGAAGGAGAAGAAGGCCGCGCUCGCGAAGCAGAAGGCGUUGAAGCUGCAGAAGAAGAUCGACGACCUGAUCGACGCCCACCGGUUCCACAUUGACGACGCGCUGAAAAGUCACCUGAUCGACACCUUCUACGACAAGAUUAGCCUGGACACGUUCGUGGACGAGUUCGAGGAGAGCCAGAACGUGGAGCAGUGCGCGCUGAACAAACAGAAGCUGGUAUCGUAUUUAAAAACGUCCCCACCCCAUAGUUGUAAUGCAAGUCUGCAUGCUGAAAAUGUCUAUCAUGCAGAGCCCGAUGAGAAGCAUUUUCUAUUUGUGUUUUGGAAUUUGUCAUGCUUCAAUCAGCAUGAUAUACUAGAUCUGUGAUGCUGCUGAACUAGCUCAAACAGCACAACGCUACGAGUUCAAAUUUGUCAUGCGAAACAACCAAAACUUGUGGACUUGUCUAGCCGAUUCUCCAUCUUGACUAUGGGUAGGGGACGUUUUUACAUAGGAUAGCUGGUUUUGUUUCUCUCCCUGUUCUGUAUGCAGCACAACCCGGCCGCCGGGUUUCAGUACAUGUCGCUGGAAAACGAUAUGGGAGUGUCAGGAUCGAAAUCGUCAGAGUUGCAAUAAUUUGCUAUGCAUAAAACGGAUACCACUCGGCAUCUAGUUUUCAAGUGGCGCAUGACAAAUUUGGGUAGAGCUGAAAUCCAGUUUGUAGCGCUGUUUGGGUAAGGAAGACGCCUCUUGUCGUGCUACUUUAGCAGCUCAGUGCUUACCCCUCAACGGGCUUACAAUCUGCCCCACGUACCUACUCGGCAAGACAGGCAGUUUCUGAGUCGCAUUUUAUGCAUGACAAAUCAUUUCAACUUUGACGAUUUCGGUCCUGACGCUUCCAUAAACGACCUGGAGAUCCAGGACAAGCACCGGCUGCGCAAGACGUUCGAGCACCUGGGUUUCGACCUAAUGCCCUUCCCGCAGACCACGGUGAAGAUCCCCGUGCCGUUCAACCCCCCCGAGGGUCCCGCGGAGGUCAACCUGCCCAACGGCCAGGGCGGCGUCGGCAAGAAAGGCGGUAAGCGGAAUCGCGUUCCAAACAGCAAGGGCGGCGGCGGGGGCGGCGGGAAAGGCAAGAAGAAAGGCUGGGGCAAGGGGAAGGGAAAGUAAGUACUAGUCAGUGGGAACAAUUAUUCUUACUACCAUUCUUGCGCUGCUGGAGUUGAAUAUAUGAUGUGGUCACUAGAUUUUAGUUCACUACUGGUACUGAAAUAGAACCUCCAUGUUCCUGCUGCACAUCAAAAUGAAGAGAAUAAAGGACCUCCUUUUCACCAGCACCAGCAAAGUGCUAUCGCCUUCAUAACGCGCAAACGAGGAAAUCGAAAUCCACUGUUCUUCGAUGCCCAAGAACAAAACUUCUAGAGAAGUGCCAGAGCAGAUCCACUUCUGCGCAGAUUGCAAUAAAUCCCGAAAAAAUAAUAGCGUUGAAGUAU